UUUUUUAUUUUUACGGACUUUGGGGGAUCUGGCUAUAAUAAUAGCAGCAAUGUUUUCAACGUAGGUUUAUAUUCGUGCAAUACUUUUUUUACGUGACCACCAUUGCUUUUGCUCCUUAUUUAUAUUUGCUUCAUCGCUGUACUUGUUUUUGUAUUUGGAACUUUGGUGACCGCCUCUGGUCACACUUUGCAACUGGGGAUUCCUUAUCCCCCGGGUCUGUUGACUUGACACGUUAAAAACAAGUCAACUCGGUGUUCAAUCCACAGUGGUGUUUUUUUUGUUUGGGUUAGAUCACGCAGUUACAAAUGUGUCGUUAAACCCGCCGCCAAGCACCCGACACGGACAAUUUAGGCAGGGUUUGUCACGUAAACGAAACGUGCCAAUUCGUUACUGCUACAGCACACCGGUCGGUUGUGUGUUGGAGAGCAAAAGCCACAACAUUUACCAUUCUAGCACGACGUUUUAACCGGUGUUUACAACCAGCCUCAUCAGGCGACAGCCAGAGAUUGUGGAAAACGUUACGAGAAUUGUGACAAAAAAAACCUUCCUAAUUGGUUUUUACGACACACAUUUACGCCAUCUAACCCCGAAAAAAAAUCCCACCCCCCUCCUUUGGAUAAUGUUGGUCAAGAAAGCCCUAAUACUGUAGACUUCGCGUUCAACUGGCUGAGUUCAACAUCGCCGCGGUCCCUAACCCUUCGAAUCGGCGAACUGCGAGGAGCACGUUGGUCGCCUCCAUCAACAACAACAGCUGCUGCUGUUAUUGUUGCUUCACCAACGUGGCCCAUGCCUCACGCCCUCUACCCAGCGCUCCUCUGUUUUUUUUUGUUUAAAGUGAAGACUUUAUUCCUCCCCAAGAAUGGCAUGUGUGGUGGCCGCCCCAAUCCUGGAGCCGAGCGGGAACUUCCCGGCGUGGCUGCAGGCGCAGGGCGUGAACGCGGAGGUGGCCCGGGCCAUGGACUCCGAGCUGGGCAUCCGGGACUACGGGGUCCUGCGCGCCUGCGUCGGGGACGGCCUCGUGCGGGCCGAGCUGCUGGCCACGGCGCGCGACCGCCUGCCCUUCGGCUUCUACGCCGUGCUGCGGCAGGUGGUGAAGGCCCUGCGGGGCGCCGAGCCCCACGACGCUGGGACACCACCCUGGGACGACGCCGCUUCCUCCCCUGGCAACAUAAUGCUGGGAGGCCUGGUGGACGUGCUGCUCAUGCUGUUCAGGAGCUUGAGCCGGGAGCUGCUGCUGUCUGCAGACAGGCUGGGAGCCAUGGACGGCUCUCGGAUGUACACUGAGGGCUCAAUUCCACCUGCCAAUGAAGGCAGUCCUGAGAUUGUGAUGAAAGUGGAAGAGGAACACCUCUCGGAAUGUGUAGGGGAAGGAGUUUCUGAGGAGGAUUUUGGAAUCGCCAUUCAAACUGUGACCUCGCUGCACUCCGAGAAAGUGAGCCUCACCACAGCUGCUGAGCCUGACCCGUCUUCAUUGCUGCAGCAUGAGGCAACAGCCAAAGUGAAGAGGAAAGGAGCAGAUGCUGUUCCUGGUACUGAGUGUACAACCCUGCCACUGUCAGUAAUAGGCUCAGCACAUCACAGUACUGUGAGCUUGAAUGUGGAGCAGCCAAACAUCGAACAUAGUUCGGAGCUUGGGGCAAUGCUGCAUCACUGUGAUCGAUUCGGACAGAACUUUUCACAGAGCGGCACUCUCAAGCGCCACCAGCGUAUGCGCGUGGGAGUGAACGCCCGUGGCCGCUAUGCGUACGGCCAAACGAUACGCAGCUGCAGAGACAUCGGGCACCGUUCGAAGACGCACACGAAUGACCAAUGGUGGCUGAAUGAAUCUGAUGACGGAUCGAUCUCGCAGGAUGUCCAGCAGAAGCAUCACACAUUUAAUCACGCGAGGGAGAGGUCCUUCCAGUGCGGCAUUUGCAGCAGGGCCUACACGAGUGCCUUUCAAUUAAAGGAUCACAAGCGCAUACACACGGGCGAGAAUCUUCACCGAUGCAACGUUUGCGAGCAGGCCUUCCUGCGUGCCGACCACCUAAAGGACCACCGAAGCGUGCACACGGGCGAGAAGCCACACGAGUGCAAGGUGUGCGGCCAGUCCUUUUCGCGCGCCACCACGCUCAAGCGUCACCAGCUGGUGCACACGGGAGAGAAGCCGUACAGGUGCGAGGCGUGCGGCAAGGCGUUCUCGCUCGCGGCGGCGCUCAAGGCCCACUGCUUCUUGCAUACGGAGGGGAAGAAGUAUCAGUGCGGCGUAUGUAACAAAGCCUUCGCUCAACCUGAUUAUCUACGGAAGCACAGGAAAAAAAUGCACGUGGGGGGUAUGGAUAUGAGGCCGAAGGAAUAAAGAUUGUAUUUGAUGCUGCAUGACAUAUUGGGCCGAGGACUCCAGAGGUUCGUGGGCUUGUAGGGAAAUUGGUAAAGUUGGACCGAGUUAAGUCAAGUUUGUUUAAUUAACCAUUUGAGAACUCGAGACCAGUGGUGUUUCAAUUUGCAAGUGGUCUGGGUCACCAAAUUCACGAAAGUAAAAUAGAGUUACACUGAUGAGGCAAAUAUGUGUUGUGGGUUUGUAUGGAGACGGAGUCUUCGUAGGAGGCAACACGUUUAUUAUACGAUGUAACAAUAACACAAUUUCUAGGUCCCUAACACGAAGGGGUAAUGGCCCCUUCCACCCACAACCUAAGGAGGUACAGCCUCCGGGCUAACGUAUCCUAGCCACUGGGGCUAACUGCUCUUGAAGCCCUCUGGCUAGCGUAGGGGUGCGCAAAUUUUUUGACUCGCGGGCCACAAUGGGUUCUAAAAUUUGACAGAGGGGCCGGGCCAGGAAUGGAUGGAGUGUUUGUGUGAACUAAUAUAAAUGACGUGUAAAAAUCAUUACAUGAAAGGAUUUGGCCUUUAACUACGCAUUUAUUUGCAAGGCAAUUUAACAAAUUGCACGAACAUGAACAAUAAAAAAAACAUGUCGUAACGUGACUGAUCAAACAUCAUGAAAACAUCUGAGGCCUGCGCCCAAACCAAUGACCUCACUGGAACUUCUUUAUUAUCUACAUUAACAUGUUAGAACAGCCACGCAGGCUGUGUGUCCGAGCUUUGGCUCAAACCUCGCUGCAGCAACACUUCAUCACUUUCACUGCCGGUCAAAGUGCGCCAUCUAAUGGGGAAAUGGGGGCAUUACAGCAGAAAGGAAAAAUAUAAUUUAAUAAUAUUUGGACAAGUUCGGCGGGCCGGAUUAAAAAGCCCAAUGGGCCGUACUUUGCCCAUGUCUGGGCUAGUGUAUCCUAGACCUCCGGCUAGCUGGACCUAGGGGAGGCUGACUCGACCCAGCCAAGGUACGAGGCCCGACCCUGGCCCAUCCAGAUCCGGCCCUUAGAAGGACGUCGGGUUGAGGGAUCCUCAGGGUCCUAGCCUAUUGACCACUGGCCUCACUGAGCCCCGGCCCUUAGAAGGACGUCAGGGUUUGGGGUCCAGGGUCCUAUCUUCAGGCGGCUUCGGGUUCUUCAGCUUGAGGCGAACUGAGCUCAGCCGCUCUGGGGGUCCGGCUUUUAUGGGGCUCCCAGAGUCACCCCGCCCCUGGCCACGCCCAUCAUUUGGAACCUUCUCGAGGGACCUGGAUUGUUGCGCAAUCCUCCCGCAGCCCCCCACCGGGGGCCCUGGGGUGCCCCCCUCUGGUUCCCAACUGUCCCCCCGGGAUGCCUGACCCACGAGUCCUGCAUGUCACAGUCCGGACUCGCUGUUGCCCCCUGGUGGUCUCUGACUGGAGUACCAGCUCAACCAAAGUGGUGGCCGGCGUAUAACGCCUCAACAAUUACCCACCACAAUAUGUAUCGUAUCAAAGGCAAGAAUAAAAUCGAUUAGUUUUAGACUGAUCGUGGUGCAAUUACUAUUAAGUUACAGAAACCUUACACAUAUAUAGGGUGACUGUUGUACUGCCAUAAAAGCAGGCAAGGAUAUAAUGAUGUUGAAUGUAGCUGCAAGUAUGGUUAUGAAUCGAUAGCUCGGCAUCAAAUUGUGAUUGAGAUGGGAGAGUAACCAAGACAUUUUUGGAAGCGAUGGCAUUCCAGGUGAUUGGGGCAUUCCCAGAUAAUGAGUGAGAACCCCACGUGAGUUUUCGUUCUCGGGACAAAAUGUCCCAUUCCAAUUGUUUUCCUCUCACACUGAGCAAAUAACAAAUUUUCAUAUGAAGGCAGAAAACAGUGAGGGUGGACGGGGAAGUGACGCAGUGGUGGUGUAUUGGGUUUGGGGUUACUGUUUCCAUCAAGUUUAUAUUCCUCUUGGUGUUGCCGUGCAGUGUCUUUUGAAAGAGAGACAUGGGCCAGGGAUGUAAUUGGGUAAUAAAAUGUGAAAACAUAAAAAAUACAUUUUGUACUUUUGAGCAGGGAGUACUGUACUGUGAUUAAAGUUAAUGUCUGGAUUAACCGCUUGAUGUGUAUUGCCUCUGAGUAACGCGAGAUGCUUGCUUAAUGAAUACUGUAACUAUC